GUAAAAUAUGAAUGUAUAUAAUUAAUGAACAUGCUAUUCUUUUUUUCAAUCAAAGUAAUAAAGUUUUCUCUCAAAGUGCCCUAAGUUCUUAGUAUAAAAAAACAUGGACAGUAGUAGCUUGCUCUACCGAGCUGCCCGGGAAGGGAAGGUCGCCACUUUACGGGAACUUCUUCAACAAGAUACUUUAAUUCUCGAUAGACCUUUUCUCAUCAACAAUAAUAGUUUUUCAGAGACACCUCUUCAUGUGGCGGCUAUGCUCGGCCAUGUAGAUUUUGUCAAAGAGAUCAUCAGUCACAAGCCUGAGCUCGCUAAAGAACUUGACAUGUGGCACUCUACACCACUCCACUUGGCAGUGGCGAACGACCACCUUGAAACAGUCAAACUAUUACUUUCAAUUAUUGACCAUGAACUCUUGUGCGUUGCUUGGGAUGAAGAGGGGAGAAACCCUCUUCAUCUUGCUGCCAUGAGAGGGCGACUUGAUGUGUUGAGAGAGCUACUCAAAGUAGCUCCCGAAGCUGCCCAAGUCAAUUUGAAGGGUCGAAGUAGUGGGACCAUUUUGCAUAUUUGUGUGAGGCAUAAUCAGUUUGAAGCUAUGAAGCUUUUGGUGGAUGUUAUUGAUGAUUACCAGUUUGUGAAUGCCAAAGAUAAUUAUGGUAUGACUGUUUUGCAUUUGGCCGUAGCUAAUAAACAAAUUGAGACGGUAAAGUAUUUGCUUACAAAUACUAAAAUAGAAGUCAACGCGGUCAAUUCAAACAUGUUCACUGCAUUAGACAUUUUAGCGCAGAGUCAAAGAAGCGAGAAAGACUUUGACAUUGUAGAGUCUCUUCGAUCUUAUGGAGCUUCACGAACCAUAGAUCAACCCUUAUCUAUUAAAAGGCCUAUUAUUCAAGCUGCCAAAGCUAGCCUCAAGAUUCCUCAUGAUCAUGUUCAUCAAAUACGAAAAAAUCAAGAGGACAAUAGUAAGGGAACAUCGAAUCCAGAAUACUACUGGCUAGCUAAAAAGAGAGAAUCGUUAAUGAUUGUUGCUUCCCUUAUUGCCACUAUGGCUUUUCAGGCCGGAAUAAGUCCUCCAGGCGGUCUUUGGGAAGAUAAUGGUUCCGAAAAUAUUCCCCACUCUGCAGGGGAGUCAAUAAUAAGUUAUUACGGAAACAUAUAUCCUUAUCAUGCUUACUUGGUUACUAACACAAUUGGUUUUGCUGGAUCAUUGAGUAUAAUUUUACUUCUCGUCACAGGCUUGCCCUUUUGUCGCAAAUUCUUAAUGUGGAUCUUAACAAUAAUUUUGUGGGUGACUGUAACAGCAAUGACCAUAACAUACCUUAUUGCUAUUGUUGUUACCGCUCCAAGACAUGAUUUUCACAGUACUCCAUGUCACGUUAUCACAUUUUUAUUAAUAGGUUGGAUUAUAGUCAUGCAUGUGACUAUGCUACUUCAAGCGAUUCAUAUUGUUGUAAAGCUGUUUAAAUGGUUACGAAACCUAAUCAUCAAGAGAAGAGAAUGAGUAGAAGAAAACAAAACAAUGCUAAAGAUGUGGAAACUACUUCAAUGUGAUAUAUAUAUGUUGGUGUAGAAUAUAUAUAUAAAUAUAUUUAUAUAGAUUGAAAAAUAUAUGGAUGUGUCUGUGUUUUCUAUACCUUUUAAGGGGUGUGCCCUUAAAAAGGAUAUACAUAUCAAUGUACUAUAUUAUAUUUUCGGUAUUUGGAUGUUAUAAUUUGAAUUUGUUAUUAUCGUAACAUAUAUUGUAAUUUUAUUAAGAUA